AUGAUGUUGGGAAGAGAAAGCAAAGUUUGUCGUAAACGUCCUGGUGAUGUUCCCACAUCUUUUCAAUCACAAGUCAAGAAGCCUCGACUGGGUGUGACGAGGAACUGUAGUAGUAAUGAAAUUAGCGCCCAACAUGAGGCCCUCAAUGUUGCACUUCAAUCGAGUGUGAAAUUCUGCACUCCACAAAGAGAAAGCCAAGGCCGAUUCUCGUUGCUUUGCCGAGUAGUGAAUUACUUGAAGAAGCGUCAUCUUGAUGGCUUGUUCGCAGCUCCCUCAGUGGAAGAAAUUCUCGAUGAACUGUUCAUACGUGAUGAGACGAAGAGCAACUUUGUGCGGUUGGAGACUGAAGCUCUCCCAAAUAAUCCCAAAAUAGGCAUUGCUCCGGGUGGAAAAUUCUACUUCCAACCCAAGUAUGACAUCCACAUUAGAAUGGAAAUCUACGGACUGUUGAAGCACUGCGAAAUCAAUGGAUUGGGAGGUAUUGAAUACGAAGACAUUGCCGAAUGCGUGAAAGAUGCAGACAAAGUGGUGAAAAGUCUUGGAGACACUGUGUUGGCUUACACGAACCCAAGGACAAAGAAGAGAGUCAUUUACUUCAAUGAUGCACGAUUCGACCUCAGAGUUGGCACUGAUUUGGUGGAGAUGUGGAGGUCGGUUUGUGUGGAGGGUGUGAGCGAGAACCAAGUACAAGACUACCUGACCAAACAUGGCCUAACUAAGAUGUCAGGAGAUGAACCAAGUAGACCUCGGUGUGAGGAGGAGAAGAAGUGCAAGCUUCCCAACAGACGGCCCAGACGUCAGGUCGAUUUCAAAUCCAACUCCCACGUCAAGGAUAUUCUCCUUCACUUCCCCUGA